AACUUUACAACUCUUUUGGAGGCUGAUUCAAAAUGGAGUAGUGCUCACGGGUACGAAUACAACAGAAUAGCUUCAUCCUCGUCUUUUAUUAGUUUUUACAUUAACAGGUUGUUUACUCUUUAGAGAAUUAGUAACCCCCUGCAAAAUGACGGAAGAAAAGAAGUCAGGCUCUCUAGGUUUCUUUUCGAGCUACGACGAUUUGAGCGACAGCAGCGAUGGCAGCGACUCCGACGAGGAGGGAGAGAGUCGGAAGAAGAGAGCGGGGACAGAGGCUCAGGGCAGCGGGGCUCACUCCUCCCAGCAGGGGACCAAACGGGCCGCCGGUGGAGCUCCGUUACCCAAACCCGACGAGCUGUUCGGCUCCGUGUCCAAGCCCGCUUUCCUCUACAACCCGCUGAAUAAAGAGAUAGACUGGGAGAGCCUCACGGUCAAAGCUCCUGAAGAGCCUGCCCGAGAGUUCAAGCCGUGGAAGACAAAUGCUGUGCCUCCUCCUGAGAGCUAUGCCACAGAGCCAGAGAAGAAGAAGGGACCUCCCCCAGGCAUGGACAUGGCUAUCAAGUGGUCCAAUGUGUAUGAGGACAAUGGGGAAGAUGCACCGCAGCCUUUCACAGGCAACGCCCGGUUCUUACCAGCAGAAGAGGAACCCUCUGGUUCAGAUGAGGAAUCAGACAAAGCAGACCUGUCUGCCAAGAAACGUCGAGUGGAGACCUUCCAGCAGAAGGAGAAGAGGAAGAGGGACCUGGGACAAGCGACCUCUGACAAGAACUUCGUAGAGGAGGAGAAAAGGAUCCUCAGGCAAAGUCUUGAUUGAGGCCUGAACUCUCCUCCUAUAAAGAAUCUGUUUCUAAUUUAAAUAUUUUAUGUCAGCUGAAAGCGCUCACAGAUAUUAGCACAACGGUCAAGUACCGGUAGGUGUUUUGCUGUAAACAUAAGCAGGCAUUUUACCUCUAUGUUGACCUCACUUUGCAAUAUAAUAGUAUUUGUUUAGUCAAAAAGACUGUCAGCUCACUUAAAGAAGUAGUAUUUGACAGUAAAAUGUUCUUCUUAUAUAUCUCUGUGGACAUUUUCCCCAAGUAAAUGAAAAAUUCAGGAGUUAGACAGUCUGAAUCAUGUUUUUUUUUUAUAGUUUUGGUCAUCGUCCCUCUUCAAUUUUACUCACCAGCUGUCUUCCAAGGACAUGAGGAUGAGGGACAUCUCACAACACAGCUUUACAACCUGUACUGGGCAUUAACAAACAAGUGAUUUAGGCAGGUUUGUCCCCAGUUUUGGCAUCAUCUUCGUUUACUUCUGAGUAUGUAGUCUUGUUAAGUCCCUGGGUCUUUGCAAAAAAAGUUGGUGAAUAAACUGUUAACCAAUGAGGAUAAAAGCCAAAACAAAUUAUUUAACUCUAAAUAAGGCUUUAGCCCGUUGUGACACAUUGAACACACAGGAACAUAAAUGUGUUUAGUUUAGCUUUAACCUCCUGUUUGUUUUAAUUUAAUAAGCUAAAAUAAUAACAGUGACGUCCAGCUGUGGUGGUUUACUCGGUUUGUUUUUGUCUUGUAUUAUAAGAAAUAUCUAAUCACCAUGGAAGUAUGAAAUGUUUGUGUUGUGUCAAUACGGUGACUUUAAAAUGUGAUUAAAAAUGGCUGUAAAUCUGUGGAAAUUGCAUUUUUAAAAAGUAGCUUGUUCUUCCUGCUUAUGGACACUAGAUGUCGCCCUUGAGCUACGAUAGGAAACCCUCCCCUCAUGUUUGUAGUGAAGUCUUCUGCAAUUUGUGUGAACGUAGGGCUCCCAAAUUACAUCCAGGGCCGGUGCAUACCGUUUGUCAGGAGGAGAGUUCUGAUCUUCAGUUUGGAAGUUAGUGUCAUCUCAAUUCUUGUGAGAUACUUGAUGCAUACAGACUGUUUAUUCAGUCUCAUGUACCUUGUAUUACACACACACUUUUCAUCUGUGUGAAAUAAAACUUCUUGCAUGUUUAGUAUCAGAAGACAUUUGGAACAUUGUACUGUUUUAUGGACAUUUUGUUUCUGCCGGCACAUACUUAUUUGUCGUAAGCAGAUGUAUACAUCAUUUUAUAUUUUGUUUUCAGUGUUAUACUGUACACCAUAAACCACUUAGGCAAUAAAGGGUAUUUUACUGGAGAA